AUGUCAGAGGAUGAGGCUGAGAGAAUCAUCAAGGAGAUGUCCAAGCCAAGUGCAGAAGCAGCUGGUCACAGUGACUCAGAAUCGACAUGUGAUGACGCUAGCAGCAACAGCAGCAGCAGCAGUGAGGACAAAGAUGGAAGUGGAGAUGAGGAUGAAGCAACAGAAAGCGAAGGUGAAGCUUCAGAAGAACAGUCUGAAGAUAGCUCGGACUCAGAGGCAGAGCAAGUGCAGGAAGAUGAAGGCAGUUCGGAUGAAGAGACUGUAGAUGGGAGCGACACUGAAGAAGAAGAAGAAGCUGAGGAUGCAAAGAAAGGUGCCAUGGCGAAGAAAGCGCAGUCUGAGGCUGAGGAGAGCGACAGCGACAGCUCCGAUGAGAGUUGUGGAGAGCCUGAGGUGACAAAGAAGAUUGCAGCCACCAAGACACCCGAGGUGAACAAGCAGGAUGAGCCGAAGAAGAAUUACAAGAAGAAGGCAGGACAGGAAGAGAAGAACACAAAGAAAAGCAGCAAGAAAGAAGAUAAGAAAGAGAAGAAAGAAAAGGCUUCAGCUGCUAAGACUACGGAAGAUGAGUCUAAACAAAAGACAAAGAAAAAGAAGGAAAGCAAGACCAAGCCCACAGAGGAGCCUUGUCUGAAGAUCGAAGACCAGAAGGACCAGGAGAAGAAACGAGGCAGAGGCAAGGACGAUGGCAAGUCAAAGGAGAAAGUGACUUCGAAGCGUUCCAAAGACAAGGGCGACCAAAAUGAGACAGGAGGGCAUGAUGCAUCAAAGCUGGCUGUGGUGGAAGCCAAUUUGGCAAAGACUGCGGCACCGACUUCUGAAGAAGCGAAAGGCAGCAGCAGCAGCAGCACUGAGGACAAGAUCAACUCCAGCACGCACCACACGGAGUAUCUGCGAUACAGGAGGUGGAUUCGAAACGGCAAAAGGUUUCCUACUGUGCUUGGAUCCCGGUUGACAACGGAGGAGGGGCGGGCAAGCCUUUUUGUCGACUGGGUCAAGUGCGGAGGCGAUGUGGACUCCAUCAUAUGCAAGCACGAACAAAGCCUGACUGAGUCCAGAUCUUCCCAGGUGAAGUAUGGAUUUCGCUCAGAAAGGUGGCUCAAUGAGAAGUACGGGGAGGAGAAGGCAAAGCGUAUAGUUGGUCGAAAGACCAACUUGGGGCUUUUGAUCCCUGACCCAGAGGAGCCCGAGGACAACCUCUACUUCUGCCUCAUCGACAUCGACCUGAAAAACAUCAACGAGCUCAAGAGGGUGACAAGCUUGGAGGCCAAAGGACAGGUAAGUGCCGAAAUGGUGAAGGCAUUCACCGAAGCCGGAGGAGUCUUAGAUGGAAGCGCUCUGAAGGGUGACAUGUCUGGGAAAGAAGGCAUGAGCAAAGCAGUCUCGUUCAUGGGGGCCGUGGGCAAGACCGGACAAGCACAGGGGACAGGGAAGGCUGCAAGAAGGAAUGGGAAAGCCAACAAGGGGAACUCAGACAGUGCUCCGGCAAAGGAAGUCAAAGCAGAAACACCGCAGAGCAAAGCGAAGACUCUGAUCACCAAAGUGCUGAAAGAUGCAAACACCUGCAGGGACCUGGCAUUCCGCUUGAAGCCGCUGGAGAUGUCCGAUCAGUUGAUCAACCAGCUGAAAGCGCUUCAAAGUGGAUUGGAGAAGCAGGCACGAGCACUUCAAGAUCUCAUCAACCAGGACAAGAACAAAAUGAAACAUUACACGCCAGUCAUGGAGGAGAUCGCAAAUCUCAACCAGCUGGCCAAGAACAAGGUUGAGUUGGGCAAAGCUUUGUUGCGCGCUGCUGAAAAGGCAACCAAGGGUUCUGAGGAGAAGGCCAAGGAGCCAGAAACUGGCACUGGGUCUACGGACAAGAACAAUAAGAAACCAUGUCAUAACAGGGGUGGUAAAAUCGGGGCAAAUGGGGAUGACAUUUCACAACCACCUAAAUUUCAAAAACCUUGCGUCCCUGUUCGAGGAUUGGAUUUGGUUGCCAAUGCAUCUUAUUCUGCCCGACGACUAUUGAAAAAGAUCUGCAACGGGGACUAUUGGCGCCACAUGGAGGGCCAGGAGUUCAUCGAAUCGCUGGAUUUGAGUCAACCCGACAAAACAGUCCCAUUGGUGUGGCAUGUGGAUGGAGUGAAGGUCUACAAGAACCAAAAGAUAUGGGUGUAUAGUUACUCUUCCAUUGAAUGGUUCACUCAAUGUCAGGCAGACCGUACUGCGCAAUUUGGUUACAGCUUUCUGCUGUUCUACCAGAAGUUAGCAGUUCGAUCCAGGUCAGAACCCAGGAACAACUACAAGAUUGUCCCGAAAUUCCACUACUUUUUUCACAUGCAAGAGUACAUUGAAGAAACCCUUCGGAAUGUCAGGUAUGAGCAUUGUUAUCCGGAUGAGUCGCUGAUGGGCCAGUUGGGAAAGAUCGCAUCCCGAUGUCAUGCCAACACGAUGGAAAGAACGUGCCUUCACAGGUACCGGGUCAUGCUCGACCUUUUCUUGGCUUCCGGGCUCAAUGAAGAUGACCCGGAAUGA